GCUGCUGUACUGUCUCUCAAUACAGAGAGUCUCCUUCAACACUUCUCUCUUAGUAUAUUUCGGUCAAAGAUUUCCUGCAUAUUCUUGUUUAGUUUAUGUACUUGACGAGGCCGAUGUGAUUUAAAUACAAAAAUGUCAAUAAAUGCAUGCAUCCAUAAUAUAUAUAGGAAUUCUAUGUAUCAACAUUGAUAUUGGAAUUUUUAGUGAAAUAUAAAAAAAAGUGUGCCAUCGUAUUGAAAUAAUGUGCAAAUAUGAAUCAGAUUAAGUGCUUUCGAAAUGAACUCGAACAUGUUAGCAACAAAAUUCCUUUGACAUGUUAAUCUUCGUGAAUGAUUUUUUUUUGAAACAAAGUGAAUAUAGUUCAAUGAAACAAAUAAAUGGUGCAUUUGUUGUAAUAAGUAUCGAAACGUGAAAAAUAAAUUGGGACAAAAUGACAGAGUUUUUGUCCUUAUGUGAUGUUUUAUUUAAUGUGGUAUCGUUGGCUGGUUACUUUUGUGAUGUGGUUUUUGACGUUGUCUUGAGCUAUGCAUUAUUUGAACGCGGUCAUUUCAUGUAUAUGUCAUUUGUGAUAGCAUUGGUUAUGUCAUCGCUGAUCAUUUCGCAGAUUCUGUCGUUGCGAUGGUAUGUGCAUAAAAUUGAGAUGAAAAGCCGUGAUUUGGUGCCAGUGCAUGGUUCAAAUGGAGAUAAUAACGAGCAAAAGAAAUCGAUGGAUACAACAAAUAAUUCAUCAUCGUCAUCGUCGUCAACCGAAUCAUCUGAUCAAUCAAUUCAAUCGAAAAUCGAACGACACUGUGUAAUUGCGUUGCACUGUUGCCAAUUGGGCGUUCUAUGGCGAUACGCAAAGUUAUUUAUACCAGUUAAUCUGCGGCAUGUGAAGCAUGAAGUGCGCGAUUUAUGUAUGCUACGUUUGGUCCAUGCAUUUUGUGAAGCGGCUCCAAUGCUCUUGCUCCAACUUUAUAUUCUGGUUACUAUUCAAAAGGAAGAAGCAAAUUUACUGAAGCCAGAAAUACCAUUGCAAUCGCUUGGCAGUGGUCAUGUGGUCCCGGUCAUUGUACAAAAACCAUCCGAUGCACAACAGCAUCAAUUGCAAACAUUCAAAGAUUUGAAUAUUGUAUCGUGUACAUUGUCAUUGUUCAGUGUGUGUUGGGCUCUGGCCAGUUUUAGUAAAAAUGUUCGAAUACAAAACGUACAUCGGCUGGUGCUCACCUGGUUGGGUGUAAUUUUUCAAUUUUUAUGGCGUUUGGGGACGGUUAUUUCACGCGUUGCAUCGCUCACCGUUUACGCCUCCGUUUACAAUCAUUGGGUGUUUAUGGUGAUUGCAUUGCAUUGGAUAUCGAUGUUUUUGUGGCUUAUCUCGCCGAAAAACGUAUUUCACGGUGAACGCAUCACACGCGUACGCAAAAUUACGUUGGCCGGUUUAAUUGCAUUCGUCUAUGUAUUUGCUUACAUCAAUUUACAAGAAGUGAAUCAUCGACAAAAGAUGUUCAUUUUUUAUUUUGUCAUGUUUUUGGAGAAUUCGUUGCUCGUAUUCCUGUGGCUCAUCGGCAUUUGGAUUGAUAAACCGGAAAAUUGGUACAUGACACCAAUUUGGAUAUUCACAUCGUUUUUGGCCGGACUUUUGUUCAUGUUUCUAUACUAUCGGUACUUCCAUGUGAGACGAUUGGGAUACGAGGCCGGUGGUCGAAUGGAUAUUCACACAAAGUAUUCGUGCGCCGAUGGUACGAAUUGCAUUUCAUUUGAUGACAAUUUAAAUACAUGUCAAAAGUAUCCAACGCAAAUACCCGGCGUGUUUAAUUGCCGUUUUUCUAAUCCGGUUGGAAAUGGUGCUGCGCGACGCAAGAAGAAGAAGCCAACUACUUUUGUUCCGCCGCCCAAUUUGAAUAUGGAACAAUCACUUUCGAAUGGAUUAGAAAAUCAAAUCACAAACACUGGUUUAAUGUCGAUUCCAUUUUGGCGCCGACCUGCACGUUCACACACUUAUGGAUCCGAGAAUGAAGGAAGUGCGGGAUCGCGUGUUGAUAUUUAUCAAAAAUUACAAGAGAAAAAGCAAAAACAAUUGGCCGAAUUGAAAAUCAUCGAAGAAGAAAUAAAGCAAGGUAAACUAGGUGGUAAGCCAGUUGGCAAUGUAAAAUUCAAUGCAGAUGAAGAUAAUCGAGCAUCGUUGCCACGUCAACCCAUUCCACAUGUCAAAAAGCACAUAAACAUUGAUCCGCACGAAUGGCGAACAUCAAGUCCCGAAUUGUGUAUCGCAUCGAUGGGAAGCAUAUUAAAUAAUUUGAAUGUUAUGCCAUCGCCAAAUAUCACCGAAAUCAAUAAUCUCAACAAAUAUACACGAAACUAUGAUCCAUUGUACAACAAUUUUGCAUUGAAUACGGCCAAUAUGCCAGCACUGAAUAAAAAGAAUUUCAUUUCAAUGGAGAACAAUCAACCAAACAUGUCACCAAUUUCAUCACAAAUGUCGACCACCGAAAAUCAAGCGCUACGACAAAUUGUACCCAGAUCGAAAAUACCACACAAUGUGCCACGCAAUCCAUUCGAAACGUAUCGCACCAAUUUUCCAAAUGUUUUUGCCGAAAAUUUCAAUAACACAAACGAAUUGCAUCAAGUAGUUGUAGCCCAAAGUCCCACACGAAUGGCAUCGACAUCGAAUAGCAAUAAUGAUGACAGUAUCGACAGUAAUAAGAAAAGUAACAACAAUGUCAGCGAACAUGAAAAUAGUGCAAAGCAAAAACAUCAACAGCACCAACAACACCAGCAGCAGCAGCAGCAGCAGCAACAACAGCGAAUGCAUUUACAGCGACAAAUCCAACGAGCAAAAACACCCGAAAUCCUAUUGGCACCACACUAUCUAGACAAUUCAAGUGUGUUUUAUGAUUGGAUGGAUCGCGAACAACACCAGCAGCCGUAUCGAUCUGAAAAGCAAUGUUGCAUUGCCAAUGAAAAUCUCGACGAUCAAAAUGAGAAUGUGUUGGACCAAAAUGAGUAUCGAAUCCCAUCGGAUAUUGACAGUCAGAUUUCAUUGCCGCGUUCGUACACAUUGCCAAGAGAAUUCAAGUAUUAUCGCCGGAAUAAGGGUCGAAAAUUCAUUAAAAAUGAACGCUUUGUGCUGAGCACAAACAGUAGCGAUGGUGAUGUCGAUAGCGGUGAUGAUAAUGAAUCAGGAAGAUGUUCGAAUAUUUCGGGCGCUUCCCAACAGAAUUGUCUUCGCUUACAAUCGCCAAUCGUGGGCAAAAAUUCACCAUUACAAACAGCAACAACGGUGACUGUUGCAUCGAGUCAAGUGUCAAAUGCACGGAAUCAAUUUCCGAUAAGUAUAUCGGCCACCACAUCACCUAUAACUGUAUCAAAUAUACAUGGUGUUUCAUCUUCAGCCAAUUCUCUGAUGAACAAUCUAAAUUUGACAAACGAUGGGAAUGCCGGAAAUUGUACACGUUCUGCAUCAGCUUCACCAAAUAUUGCACUCAACGUACCAAACUAUUUUAAUCGUUUGCCCAACGGUCACUAUUUACAGCAAGCAAACCGAAAUCGCAUGAACUUAAACGGUAGCCCGUCGAUUGAUUGUAAUAUGAUGAGCGGUACUUUAGAUUUAAUCAGUGGUGUCGAAAACCCAGCAGCUAUUGCGGCAAUGAAUCGACGAAUGCGUUUUCGUAGUUAUGGCAAUCAGAAGAAUGGAAUGGUACGACAUGAAACGAAGCUGUGAAGAGUAAAAUAAGUUUGGUGACACUUCAAUUCAAACGAGUGAUCAAGACGUGUUUUCGAAUUUUCAUUUUCAAACUGCUAUUUAAUUUCAUAGAUAUCAAUUUUUAUUUAGAACAAAAAAAAACAUUAUAUUAAUUUUUUUUAACACGAUUUUAA